UAUACAAAGCUGACGAAAGGUUUCUAGAGGCCUUCCCGCGGAAGGAUAUAUUGACUUUGUUGUUGCUACUCAGGUGGGAUUUCAAACAUGGCGGCGGCGGAAAACUUUCUCGUCUGCUACAAAACUUGGCGAGUAGGUUCUUGUUUUGCAGUUUUUACGCAGUCCUAGGCCCUCUCCGGGCGUUUAAAAAUCGCCGACAUGGUGGACAGUCGGCCGGAGUCCCGUAGGAGCGGGACUGACCGCUCGGUGACGCCUAACGGGACUGAGAACACGGCGAAGAGUGCGAGCCGGGGCCGGCGAUUCCUGGACCUGAGUUUCACCGAGAGCAACAGAGAAAGGGACGGGGGUAAGGUUCUAGCUAACGGACGGAGACCUCACGGGGGCGUCAGAGGUACGAAGGGUUACCCGAUGUCGUCCUACUCCAUGGAUCAGACAGAGGAACACAUGGAUGAACUGGCGCAGGAGGCGCGGAAACAGUCAGCCCUUGGGCCGCACGCACGCACCCCCUCCCCUGCCUGGGUCCUGACGGUCAGCUCACAGCAGACACACAGUGGGGAGGCAGCGCUCUUAACGUCACAGCUGUUAGCAAGCAAUAAGGGGGAGCAGACAGUAGGAGCAAAGCCAAAGAAACCGAAGUUCAAAAAGAUUGUGGUGAACGGCCUGACGUACCACCGACCAAUGAAGGCUCACCAGUUCCUGACGGCGGCAGACAGCGCCAGCGAAACCUCGUCUGAAGCCAGCUCGCUGGGCAGACCCACACGGGCCAGCCUGUUGCGAGCGCGUCACCACCGUUCCCAGUCCGCCCCCUCCUCCCAAACCAGCACAGACAUCAAGAGAUAUCUGCAGAGGAUGAAGGACCAGCGACCACUCACAGGAAAACUGCCUAAGGAGUUGAACCCAAUAGUUGCAGAAGACGGGGAGACAGUCCAUGCUUUUCUCAUCGGUGCCAGAUAUAACAGGUCGCAGGUGAUGGAUGUGCAAUCUCUGAACAGGUUCGGUUUGUUUGUGCCGAGGUCGAACCCCAACGGCUGUUUCCUGACUCAGCCUGAGAUGUAUGUAAAUGAGAAGGACGCAGAAGAAGCUGCUGACAACACCAGUGUUAAAAACAACCCCCCGCAGUACAAUGGCCGUGGGAACCCCCCUACGAAGGCACGGCAGGCGUGGGCAGACUCUAACGGUGCCAUCCCUCAGCAGGAAAUAUUACCUGGUGCCCCGGGUCCAACAGGAAGACCCCCGAGCGGGCGCAAACGUACGGGAUCCAUCGGAGGCGUGCUCGCCGACAACACCAUACCGCCCAGCCUGAGGAGGGGCAUGACCAUCACUGGACGCAGCAUCGGGAUCACGUCACCCAGGACACUGACCAGUGGGUCAGCCAGCCGGCCGGGCACUCAGACCCCUCGCACCAACCCGGGUAGUAGACUGUCUAUGCACACAGGAAAGAGCGGGUACACACACGCGCCCACAUGUCCCCAGUCUGGCGCCAUGAAGACCCCCGAUGUUCACUCCACGACAAACGGACACGGACCCAGGCCUACCAACAUCUCCUUCGCUGCUAACGGCCACAACCCCCUUCCCAGCCCGGAAACCCAACAGCAGAUGGAAAUUCCCGCGCCGACUCCCGAGCCCGAACUUCCCGACCAGCAGGUCCCGCGAAACUCCGCGCCGUCCGUCCGAGUCCCGCUUCCGACCGCGAGAACCGUCAGCUCGGGGAAGAAGUGCGACUCCAGUACGCAGUAUUCCGUCGUGCACAGCGAAACGGUGGAUUUGGACAGCCUCGCGCAAGGCCGGGAAAGCAACAUGGACGUUUAUCCCAGCGUGGCGGAAGAAGUGGAAGAAAUGGACACUGGAUAGUGCCACUACUACACACUCAUUAAAAAUUGUAAGAAUAUUACUGGGAAUAAAAACACAAAGGAAACAUCUUGCUUUCAUCAAAAUAUGAUGAAACAUGGAAAAAAAGACACUGAGCUGUUGCUGCUAAGAAGCUAUAGUCGUACAUAGAGUCACCUCAGUUUUACAUACAGGACUGGUGCCAAGUAGAAUAAAUGCCUCCGCCCCUGAGGCAUUGCCAAAAAUUGGACAUGUACCAUGAAAAUGAGUGAACGAAUGAGGUUUGUUUUGCACAAGUUAGAGCACGCGUUGGCAUUUUGCUGCUUGUCUAAACGUUGACAACGGCACACGGAAGUUUUAUGAUUAGUAGUUAAAUGUGGCGUUUUAGUAGUCUGUACAAAGGUGUCAAAGGGUUAAUAAGUCAUAAGUAUUCUUCUCUGUAGAACUAAACUUUUUGUUGAGGCUUAGCCUGAAUUUUCUUUUUGGUUUUCACACAUUUGUAUUAAAGAAGAGGAAGAAAUGGGUAGAGUACAGUAUAUUGUUGGUGGGUGCCUUUUCUUGCUGCUUUGUAAUCCUAGGAGUCAAGCCAUACAUACUAUAGUAUAAGCCACAAGGCAAAUGCUGCUAGAAGGUACAUUAUUUUGUAAUGGGCAGAAAAACUGUUGGUACUAGAAUGUAUAUGUACAUUGUCAAGUAAAACAUUCAAUCCUGCUUUUAACUAUUGUCAAGUUUUGUUAACAGUUACAUUUAUAUGUACAUUUUCAAAAAUAAUUGUUGUCAAGAUAUGGAUCGUUAUUGGCAAUACAAUACAAUUUUUUUGUUUGAAAGCCGGCUGAGAUUUUAAGAAUUUGUAAGUAUAGUGUCACAACGCCCCAUAUCAACGUGCCCUAUGCAAGACAACAAAGUUGGAGACAACAAAACAUCAGAGAAAUGAGUCUCCACUCUAUCUGUAAACAGACAAACAAAAAAUGUAUGAGAGCUUGUUUUGUCAGCACAAUUUUCUUACUUGUCUAGUAUUUGAACUUUUCCACACAUUUCAGCCAUUCAUAAAGAACUGUUCCAUAAAUGGAGAAGUUUUUUUUUAUUCCAAUGUUUGAAUGCAGCACAUGCAUGUUUACUAGAUGUUAGAACAAUUUGAAUAUCUUCAGAAUAAAGACUUUAUUAUUAACUUUU